ACUAAUAUGCGCAUUCUUCUAUUGGAAUUGUUUUUGUUCACAGCAGAAAACAAAACGGAACGGAAACCGCUUCAAAAUAAAUAAAAAGUGCAUCACGGAACUAGUCUGGCUAAUCUGCAGAUAGUAUCUGGCCAGUUGAAACAUGGAAAUAUCACACGAAACUCGCUUGGCACCACCCGGAGGAGCAGUCUUAAGAAACGGCUGUGGUUUAGGUGCAGCAGCCGGCAACUCAACUUCUCCACCGGGGAGAAACCACCAUAAUCGCAGCAAUUAUUUUCCACGGCGACACAAACCCGAAACCUCGCUAUAUGACGAAGUUAUGGGAACUUUUGAUAAGUCGUUCGUUUAUCUGAAACCGAAAGAUGGAAUUUGGUCAUUACCGUCGGAGGACAAUGGCCGUGGACUCUUCUCCGAGUACUAUCAAUUCGAUAGUUUACAAGAAUUGAAAAUCAAAUUGAACGAAGUGAAGAGCCAACUCAAUGACUAUCCCAUUAUAGAAUGGUCGGCUCACACCAGACGUAAGAAUCCGGCUGGAGAAAUUCCGUGGCGUCUUAAAACAGACAUUAAGGCGGAAUUUGUGACCAUUGCCUGGUGUAAACUGUUUGAAUGUUUGAAUAAAUGUCCGGAAAUGGUCAAGGGACCCCAACUGAAUUCAUUGCAUUUGUGUGAAGCACCAGGAGCAUUUAUUACGGCCCUCAAUCAUUACCUGUUUACGCGGUAUAGUGAAAAUGAGGUUCAAUGGAAGUGGCUGGCCACAACCUUGAAUCCCUACUACGAGGGUAAUCCAAUGGACAAAAUGAUACCGGACGAUCGUUUUAUCCUGUACACCUUGGAAAAUUGGCUGUUUCACAAGGACUUUACGGGAAACAUCAUUAGCAAGGCGAACUUGGAACAUAUGAAACAGCAAUGCGAACAACGUUUGGGUGAAGUCCAUUUGAUUACCGCCGACGGAUCUAUAGAUUGUGUUGAUGCGCCCGACUGCCAAGAAGAGACCGUAGAUCUGUUGCAUUUUGCAGAAAUUGUAACCGCAUUGGAAAUCCUCGCCGAUGGCGGUAGCUUUGUUGUGAAAAUGUUUACUCUAUUCGAAGCAACAUCGGUGUGUAAACUGUUUCUGUUGAAUUGUGUCUUCCAGGAGGUGCAGGUUUUCAAACCCUGUACCUCAAAGCGUGGCAAUUCCGAGGUCUAUGUCAUUUGCCUAAAUUAUCAGAAAAACAAUGCGGCCCUGCAAAGCAUUCUACCAAAAUUGCGUGAGCAAUUAAAUGGCGGCAAAGUUUUGAUGCCGUUGUUUGCCAAAGCUUCGUUGCCUAGGGAGUUUCUGUUGCAACACGAAAUAAUGUGUCGGCUUUUCAUGAGUUACCAGUCAAAAGCCAUAGAGUCCAAUAUCCAGUCGUUUGAGAUAAAACCCACCAAGGUGAGAAUCAAAAACUUACAGACUCUGCGGGCACUGGUCUGCGAUGAGUAUUUCAGACGUUACAAAGUCCGAAAGUUGCCGGAAAAUCUAAAAAUCCUAUAUAAAAGUAAUGCAGCCAUUGACAAGGGCUAUAAAGUGCAAAUCUACAAUGGAUCUUAUUCGGAAAGAGAAAUGCUCAAAUGCAUCACAGUGGAGGAGCAAAUAUUUCAAUUACGAAAACAAUUAAAUGAUUUGGAAAAAUGCUUUGCUGACGCAUGGGACAGUUCUGAUCAUGAGUUGAAACCCAGCGGUGAUGGUAACAGGCCUCUACCAAUUACAAUAUACAAUGGUCAGCCCAUAGCGACCUUAAAAAGUUCCCUGUUUACACACAUUCACAUGCUAGUAAUGCGUGAAAAAUUGAAUGGAAUCUAUGCCACCGAUGUGUUAUGGUAUGGUGAUCCCCAAGUUGUGUUUCCCAGGGAAUGUUACUCCUUGAAAUAUAAUGAAUUCCACGGGCCAAACUUUUCUGAGCAACAGGAAAAAUUCUUUAAAUUGCUAUUGGAGAAUCUGCUCAAACACCAGCCCAGCGUAGUGAAAUUCCAAAAUAUGCCCAUUCUCAGUCACUAUGCUGCAUCCAUAAUACGUUAUUUGUCGUUGGGCGUCUACAAAUCUUUGGAGUUUUCCUACCACCCUGUUUUUGAAAUAACUCUGGCCGAACCCUGUGAUAAUUUCGCCAGCCUCACAGAGCAUUUGUAUAAGGCGCUGUGCUGCAGCUGUAGUGGAGAUAUUUUAUGUUUCGUCAACAUUCUGGAGUUACAUUACAACAAUUUCAAUAAAUCUCUAAAGCACUAUAAUAAUACAUUGCUAUUGGAAAACUAUAAAAGUAUUUUAGGAAAUUAAGUUUUUUUUUUAAUUUUAUUUUCUCCCAAGUGGAGGAACAAGUAAUGUUUAUAUUAAUACAAUAUUUUUUUAUACGUAUAAUUUAUAAUAUAUUUACAUGAACUCUGUAUGUAUGAAACCUGAAGUCAAAUCAAAAUUAUGCACAUGUAUUUUAUUUUAAAUAAAAUAUUUGAGGCAAAUUAGGAAA